UUUCGGUGUGAAGCAACUGAUAGUCGGCGUCAAUAAGAUGGACACAACGGAACCGCCGUUCAGUCAGAGCCGCUUCGAGGAGAUCCAGAAGGAGGUGUCGGCGUAUGUCAAGAAGAUUGGCUACAAUCCGGCGACCGUUCCAUUUGUGCCGAUCUCGGGCUGGAAUGGGGACAACAUGUUGGAGGCGUCGGCUAACAUGCCGUGGUUUAAGGGAUGGAACAUCGAGAGGAAGGGCUCCAAACUGGACGGCAAGACACUGUUGGCUGCUUUGGACGCUAUGGAGCCUCCGUCCAGACCUAUGGACAAAGCCCUGCGACUCCCCCUUCAGGACGUCUACAAAAUUGGAGGUAUCGGAACCGUACCCGUGGGUCGUGUGGAGACCGGAGUGAUUAAGCCGGGAAUGGUCGUGACCUUUGCCCCCGUCAUGUUGACCACUGAGGUCAAGUCGGUUGAGAUGCAUCACGAGGCCCUCGUAGAGGCGGUGCCCGGAGAUAACGUGGGCUUUAAUGUUAAGAACGUGUCGGUCAAGGAGUUGAGGAGAGGUUACGUCGCCGGAGACUCGAAGGACAACCCGCCGAAGGCCACCGAGGAGUUCACUGCUCAGGUGAUAGUGUUGAACCAUCCGGGACAGAUCAGCAACGGAUACACACCUGUGCUCGACUGCCACACCGCUCACAUCGCCUGCAAGUUCCGCGAGAUUAAGGAGAAGUGCGACCGACGAAGUGGCAAAAAGAUUGAGGAUAACCCGAAGUCCAUUAAGUCUGGCGACGCGGCUAUCAUUGAAUUGGUGCCCUCGAAGCCGAUGUGCGUCGAGACGUUCACUGACUUCCCACCAUUGGGUCGGUUCGCUGUGCGAGACAUGAGGCAAACAGUGGCCGUCGGUGUCAUCAAAGGCGUGAAGGCUAAGGACCUGAGCGGCGGGAAAGUGACUAAAGCCGCAGAAAAGGCUCAGAAGAAGAAAUAA